ACAGAGUUAUGCGUGCCAGAAGGUGAGGAUCGUGAUUAUUACGCACAUAUCAUGGUCCGAUCUGCUUUGAAAGAGCUAAAUUGGCUGGUGGAAAAUAAUUCCAGUGGGCUAAUUGUUCCUGAAAUUGGACGAUGUAUUAAUGUAAAAAUCAAAGAAAUCUCUGGCGAUACUGCAAUCGUGAAAAGCACGGAUGGAUCGGAUUUGAAGGGAUAUGCUCAAGUAACAAAUAGCGCCGAUCUAAAGAAAGGGAGUUGUGUGAAAGCACUUGUUUUGGAUGUUCGAUUGCCUAACUACGAAAUGGACGUUUUGUUGCUGAAAGAUGACAUGAUUUCUAUUAAUGAGGAAAAUCAGGAAACGAUAGAAACAAUGAUAAAAAAUAAAACUCAGUUAAAUGCGAAAGUAUUGCUAAGGAAGAGAAAUUAUGCAGUUGCAGUUGCUGAGGUGGAAAAUGCGGUCUUUGUUGUUUGCAUACCAACGCGAAUGCAUCCGAAUACAAAUCCACAGUAUGAGGAAAAAACCACUUCGGUGAAUCGAGCUUCAUCCAAAAAAAUCGAUGAAAGGCAUUUUAAAGGAAGGCGUUGA